AUACUUUAAUACAUUUAUAGAGUGCGUAAAUAAGUUUUGUACAACUGUGACAGGAUUAAACUUUUUUGAGGUAAAAAGAAGGAAAUCAGCAAAAGAAACAGAAUAUGACCAUGUUUAAUUAUUCUCUUUUUAUGAUUCUAAUCUCUUUGAUUGGGGUCAGUUAUGCUUCCAUUUUAUCGGAAGAUGAUAUCGUUAAACUAAUCGGUAGACCGGGAAAACCUUUAGAUGUUUCUUACGGAGAACAUUCUGUUGUUCCUGGAGAGACGCUUGAAAUAUCAAAGACGCAGAAUGAGCCAAAUAUCGAAAUUGGUGAGGACGAUGACUGCUAUCGUACUCUUGUCAUGUUUGACCCUGACGCUCCAUCGGCUACACUCCCAAUUAUGGCGCAAUUUAGACAUUGGCUAGUUGUGAAUAUUAAAGGAUCAGAUAUGAAUAGUGGAGAUACUAAAGUUACAUAUAUGGGCCCGUCUCCGCCAAAAGGAACCGGACCUCAUAGAUAUAUCUUCGCAGUGUACAAGCAAAACGAUUGCAAGAGAACUGACUUUUCGAACAUAAAUAAAGCAAGACCUAAAACUUCUGUAGCUAAAUUGAUAGCUGAUUAUAAUUUAAACUCAUCACCAGAAUCAGCAAACGUAUUCUUUGCCGAAAAAAAAUAAUUACAUAAGAUGAAAUACAGCAAAGUUUGACAAAUGACAAAUUAUCUAUUGUUUAUCUUUUCAUAUCCAAAAUAUUAUUAUAGAAAGAUGUAUAAG